AAAAUGUUUGUUUUAUUAUUUAAAAAAAAAAAAACAAUUUCAAUACUUACCUUGGACUUCCCUCAUGUAGGUUUUGGAAAAUUCAAUAUUUGCAUUAUAAUAUUUUCCGGCCUAGUACUUAAAAAUGUUGUGCUCGAAUCGGUCGGCGUUAGUUUUGCACUGCCAGUGUUAGAAUGCGAUUUGAAUUUGUCACACCAGGAGCAGGGCGUAUUGGGCGCUGUGUCCUUUGCCGGCGUCAUUGCGAGUUCACAUUUUUGGGGAUUUCUAGCCGAUACAACGGGACGCAAGCGGAUAAUGCAACCGGCUCUUCUACUGGGAUAUAUUGUGACAAUAUGCUCUAGUCUGUCGCCGAAUUUUAUUUCAUUCGCUAUCCUGCGAUUUGUAGGUGGAAUAUUACUUUCGGCUGGCUCUGCAACGAUUUUUGCUUACCUUGGCGAGUUUCAUUGCCAAAAAUAUCGUAAUCGUGCCAUACUGUGCGGUGCUUUAAUAAGUGCGACUGCCGCUAUAUUCUUUCCCAUCAUCGCUUGGAUUUUCAUCAAUCAAGAAUGGGAAUUCUUUGUGCCGUUGAUUAAUAUAACUUUCAAGCCAUGGCGUUCUUAUUUUCUCGCUUGCGGUGUACCUGGUUUUCUAUGUGGUUUAGCAAUGUUUUUCCUGCCGGAGAGUCCAAAAUAUUUGCUCUCUGCGGGACAUCCUGAUGAAGCUAUUAAGGUGCUUGAACGUAUGUACCGGAUAAAUACCAAAAAUAAGGAGAUUGUGUCCCCAUUCGAGGAUAUCACCCUGCUACCAGAUGCCGAUACACCGAUAGCCAAAGACAAGGGCACCGAAAAGGGAAAUAUCCUAGUUUCCAUAAUGAAAUCCAUGUGGAAACAAACCGCACCACUCUUUAUGAGUGAACACAUCCGGAAAACAUUAUUAUCUAGUCUCAUAUUGUACAUAAUAUUCUUUAGUGCCCAUGGCGUAUAUAUGUGGUUCCCGUACAUCCUUAACCUUACAAUGCAAUACACAGAGAAAACUUCGGAGCCUGAAUUACUUUGUAACAUUAUCAAAAUUGCAAAAUCUGGUAAUCUUACAGUCGCAAAUGACAAUGAUGAUAGUUGCGUUACGCACUUGGAACUUUCGACAUAUAAACACACUUUAUUUCUGGAAUUUAUUUAUGUAUCGCUACUGUUACUGGUAAUGUAUGCCAUCAGCAAAUUUGGUCGCAAACCAAUACUUUUUACGAUUCUGUUUGUGUGUGGAGCUUGUGGCGUUGUGGCUUUCUCUAUCAAAAUGCCUCUUCUGGCUAUAUACCUCUUUGUGGUUAACCUCUGCUGUGGCCUGGGCACUACAGUGGUCAAUGCAAUUGUAGUGGAAAUAUUUCCAACGAAUUUAAGGGCUAUGGCCGUUUGCAUUUCUCUCAUGAUUGGCCGUAUCGGUAGCGUUACGGGAUCCAACAUUUUAGGCGCACUCAUCGAGACACAUUGUGAAUUUGCUCUAUUCAGUCCAUCAGUGGCGCUAAUUAUUGCGGGAUUUUUGGGUUUGUUUCUGCCGAAAGCAAGCAACGUGUCACAAAAAGCAAACAAGGAUAUGGAAAAUACUCCUUAACCUAUAACAUAUUAGGUUAAUAAUGAUAGAUGUAUAUACAUACUACUCAA